UCAGUUGAAAAGUGUGAUAAAAGAAAAAAACAAACUUCAACUUCAAUAAUUUGUGAACAAACUUCAAUAAAUAUGGAUUUGCUUGAAGGAGCUUUAUAUGACGACGAUGAAGAAUUGCAGUGGUAUACGCCGAGGGAUCCAUAUACCAUCGGAGAAAGAAUAAAUGGAUUUGACCAAUAUACAGAACAGAAGUUCUAUGUUCGUUACAGAAUGCGAAAACGUACAGCCAUGUAUGUUUUAUCCAAAAUAAAAGACAAAAUAAAAUCACCAACUAAUAGAAAUCAUGCGAUUGAACCUGAAAUAAAAUUGCUAUUGACACUUCGUUUCUACGCUGGUGGUGUAAUGAUAUCAGAUGCUGGAGAUUUGGUGGGUGUUGGUAAAUCUGCCGCAUGCAAUAUUAUACGUGAUGUAUCACAUGAGUUGGCGAUGUUGGCACCAGAAUUUAUUCAAAUGCCUUCGAGCAAUGAGACUGUGAAUGCAGCAAGAGAAAAUUUCUACAGGCGUGCUCGAUUUCCGAGGGUGAUUGGUGCUAUUGAUUGCACUCACGUUCGAAUUCAAUCACCUGGUGGAAAUUACCCUGAAGUUUUCCGCAACAGAAAGGGUUAUUUCUCUUUGAAUGUGCAGACUAUUAGUUCAGCAGACCUGAAGGUACUAGACAUUGUGGCUAGGUACCCGGGGUCUGUUCAUGAUCAGACAGUGUUCAACAAUUCGGAUGUGAAAAUGAAACUUGAACAGGGACAGUUUGGACGUGAUAGCAUUGUUGUUGCCGAUGCAGGGUAUGCUAAUACAAAGUAUAUUGCUACACCACUGAGAAAUCCGAAUACAGAUGUCCAGAGAUUAUACAAUGAAUCUAUAAUUAGAACUAGAAACCCAGUAGAGAGACAGUAUGGUGUUCUGAAACGCAGAUUCCCAGUAUUGGCAUUGGGUAUGAGGAUGAAAUUAAAAAAAAUUCAAUCCGUAAUUGUAGCCUGUGCAGUAUUGCAUAAUAUUUGCAUUGAUUUUGACGGAGAUGAAGAACCUCCCCAUGAUCCUGAAGUGCUUGGAGUUGCAUUUGAUGACAAUGACAACGAUAUUGAGCCUGAGAAUGAAGAUGAUGCUCGAACAGCUCGAGAUCAAUUGUUGGCAGAUUAUUUUCCAGGUCUAUUGUAGUAAUUAUAACAGAUCGUUUUAUUUUCGGAAAUGUAUGUACUUACGUAGUGUUUGCUUCGAAGCUUAGUACCGGAGUUCCUAAAAGAAGAAUUUCUAUAUUUAAAUACUUCAUAAGUGUAUGAAAUGGGUAAUUUAUUUGUAAUAUUAUAACUUCAUCUAUAAAUCUAUCAAGAAAUAAAACUUGAACAAUUUUUUCGUGAGUAAAAUUCAACAAAAAUAAUAAAAGUACUUCUAGUAAAAUAACAUCACAGAAACAAUAGGAAAAGUAGUG